AUGGCUUCGGAAGACAAGAGCUCCUUGCGCCAGCGCAAGGGCAAGGCCAUAUCCGCGCUAGACACGCAGAACGCAGUCGACGGAUCCAUGGGCACUUCCCCAUGCUCGCAGCGCUCGAGUCCGCGGCCCGAAAGCUGGUCGUACAACACUUUCCGCGCCACACACGGUAGUGAAGUGGAGGGCUUGUUGUUGUUCCCAGAACAGCCACGCCAGAUCUUCGUGCUCGUACUCGUGGUAGCGGGCUUCUCGUACUACUCGCUCACUCACGACUCGCAAGAUACGGUACAGAACGUACGCACCGCGUUGUUCGCCGCCAUUUUGAUCUUUCUGGUCUACUGUUUCUUACAAACAAGGGACGUACUCAUGAUGCGCCCCCAUCCAGGCGUAUGGCGAGUGGUCCAUGGCUGCUCCGUCGUAUAUUUACUGCUACUGGCUGCUACGCUCGUACAGAACCGAGAGAGCGCCAUGACCGGAAUGCAGUACUUGUUCCCUGAAGUCGGCAGUCGACCCAAGACGACAACCCCAGCUCAGUUACAUUGCGCAAUUAACCCAGAGUCGCUGACGCGCGGAGUCACGAGUAUCUGGUUUAUUGCGCAUGUGACGGGCUGGUGGGGUAAGAUGUGUAUGUUCCGUGACUGGCGACUGUGCUGGGUGCUCAGUAUCGCCUUCGAGAUCUUGGAACUCGCACUGCAGUUCGUCAUCCCGGACUUCCAGGAGUGUUGGUGGGACUCGCUUCUUCUCGACUUGCUGGGUGCCAACAUGCUGGGCAUGUGUCUGGGUCGCGUGACGCUGUGGCUGCUGCAGUCAAAGGAAUACGACUGGUCCGGUCGUCGAGGCAAGAAGAUGGGCUACUUCCGCUUGGCACUCAACCAGCUCACACCAUUCAGCUGGGAGCAGUAUCACUGGGAGGUCUUCUCCAGCUUCAAGCGGUUCGCCGAGAUUUUUUUUGCAGUAGUAAUAUGUCUACUUACAGAGCUGAACGCCUUCUUCAUGCUGACGACGCUGAGUAUUCCGAAGGAGAGCAAUUUCAACUCGUAUCGCUUACUGCUCGUGUUUUUGCUUGGAAUUCCCGCUGCUGCUGAGUAUUAUGAGUUCAUUACCAACCCGGAAUGUUGGCGUUUGGGUCAGAAUUCGUGGAUGAUGUUGUCGAUCGCUACGUUUGAGGUGCUGGUGUGGGUUAAAUUCUCAGCAAAUGGUGUGCUGUUCACGCAGCCCCCUCCACCUUUGGUGAUGUACCCGAUCGCGGCGUUCGUGGCCAUGUUUUCAAUCUGGAUGCUGCUCUUCUUCCGCAGUGACCCGCAGCUCACCUCUCGACGUGCACGCGGACUUGUCACCGGCUGGGGGUAUCUUGAUGUGCUGUUCUGGGCUUCAUUCACUCCGCUGAUUUUCCUAUCGUCACAAUGGGCAUUUUGA